AUGGAAGCUGAGGAACGUUAUUGCUCUAAAUUAAAGCUGGUUUUUUUGGAGAUAAAUUCAAAAUACAGGCUCAAACUUUUUGUGGUAAUAAAAGAUUAACAUCCAAACUUAAAUAUUAAAGGAUUAAAAGAAGAUGAUAUAUUAUUGCUUAGAGCGUAAUACAAUAAAUGA